AUGGGGGAGAAAUCUCACACGUGCCCCUACUGCGGGAAAGGCUUCCGACGCAAUUCACACCUGACCCGACACAUGGCCACCCAUUCCGGGCUCCAGCGCCCCUUGGGCGGAAAGCGCCUCGGGCAGCAGGUGCAGGAAGAGGACCGGCCAUUCAGCUGCAGCUACUGCGGGAAAAGCUUUGCCAAGAGCGCCCACCUGGCGCGGCACCAGGAGACCCAUUCGGGGGAGAGGCCCUACAAGUGCACCUACUGCGGGAAGGCCUUUGGGCGCAACUCCCACCUCACCCGGCACCACAGCACGCACACCGGGGAGCGCCCGUACGAGUGCGGCGUUUGCGGCAAAGCUUUCACACGCAGCGCCCACGUCACCCGACACCAGGGCACGCACACCGGGGAGAGGCCUUUCCGCUGCACGCGCUGCGGCAAGCGCUUCACCCGCAGCGCACACCUCCAGCGCCACCAAGGCAUCCACAGCGGGGACAAGCCCUUCUCCUGCGGCGACUGCGGGAAGGGCUUCACCCGCAACGCCCACCUGGAGCGCCACCGUGCCACGCAUUCGGGGGAGAAACCUUUCAAGUGUGCCAGCUGCGGGAAAGGGUUUGGGGCGGCCUCCCACCUUGUAAGGCACCAGAGAACCCAUAAAGUUUAGUCAGCUGGGUUGGUUCUAUAUCCAUCCAAACGGGGGGGGGGGGGUGAGAAAUGGCCAGUAUUGGACAUACGUUUGUCUUUAUGUCAGGAUGGCUCUUCCCCCCCCCUUCCCCCGUCUUUUCUCCAUGCUAUAAAAUAACCUGAGUGGUGUUUAACUGCUGUGAAUUGAGAGAGAACUGGGCAUAGCAAAUUCAGCAGUGGUUUGUCUCUGGUCUGCACAAGGACCGAAGCAAUGUGGACUUCACACUCAGUUCAUUUGCAGACCUAAUGACGAUAAUUUUAAAUGCUGGAACUGCAGGUUGUUCUGCUACUUCUUUCAGAGCGGGAAGGACAGUGUCAAAUCUUCCUGACGCCAUCUGUAUGUGGGGGUGGGUGUUUUUCCUUCUCUUCAGUAUGGCAAAUGAAGGCCACCCUUUUUAAAUUUCCACUUGGCUAUCAAGAAAUAUGCUGUGCGUCAAAAGUAAGAAACUGAACAAACGCUUAGACUUGAGGUGUUUGCACACCUCCCCCAUGCACACCUCCAGCAUCUCAACAGAUGUGUGAGCAUGUAAACAUUAUGCCAAUCUGCGGAGUAAAAAAAAAGCAUCAUUCUGGUGAUUUACUUGGAAUGAAGUUAGAGUAACUCUUCCACCCUCCUUUCCCUCAGCUUUCAUUUCAGCCAUUGUGGCCAAGAAAAAGCAGUUUAUAUCAUACUUGCAUCUGCCCACAAUACCCAGGAAAUGACACCAGGAACACUGGGCCUGACCUUUGAGCAUUUCAGUAUCCUUCAGCUGGGGGGAAAGGCUAUUGGUUUGCUUCUGAACCAAUUCUCAGAACUUGUCUAUGUCUCUUCCAUGGCACUUGGCAGUGUGUGCAUCUAGUUUUGCAGUAUUUUUAUCUUGCGAGUGGGAUCUGCAACAAAAUGUUACAGUGCUUUUGCCUGCCAGCCAUGCCUCUUUUCAGAGUACUCCAUUCUGUUCCCCAUCUCCCAGUUUUCUGUCCCAUUGCCCCACCUGACAGAUACUCGGUGUUCUGUGGCCACCGAGCAUGCUCUGUUCUCAUUGGGGUUUGUUUGGGUUUGUCUCUCCUUUGCCCUUCAGAAGGGCUGUAGCUCAGUGGUAGAGCAUCUGCCUUGUAUGCAUAGUGUCCCAGGUGCAAUCUGGCAUCUCCUGGUAAGGCUGAAUCUCCUAUCUGAAAUGGUUUUCUUCUCCUUGGACAAGACUGUAGUUCUGCUGAUACAUUUCACAGCGUAACUCUGUUGUAGUUGAGAGAUAGGGUAAAAAACUAACCUUAAAUUAGUUGGGUUUUUUAAUGUAGCUACUUGUGCUUUUUUAAAUGGAGGAGGAAGUUAUAAAUGAUACUGUCAGCUGUCUCCACACAAAAUAGUUAGCUGACUUUCCUCUAUCGAAGACAUUUAAGGGGACAUUUGGUGAUUCUUUAGGAAGUCAGGUAUCUUGCUGCUCUGAAACAUAUGGAAAGAGAUGCGGAGGCAGCAAAUUUCUUAGCUGGAGUCCCCGAAACUUUCUCAGCUUAAGCCUGUGCUCCUAGGAAAUACUGUCUUGCUUGUCUCCCAGUUUGCUGUCUGUGGCUCUUAACUAAUCUGAUGUGUGGUUUUUUGAAGGUCCUGGGCACUCGGGCUCUUCAGAGGCAUAGCACAAGGGCACAGCCAUGGUCUUGUAUCAGGGCCCCCCUAAGACAUGGAUUCCCCCAUGUGGCUGCCUUGAGUUAUGUGGCCUUUGGUCUCUGCAUGUGUCAUUUUUGAUGUGGCCUCUUUGGAUCCAGGGUGAUGAAGCAGUGCAGAAGUACAGCAAGUAUGGAGCAAAACGUCUCAUUAGAAAGGUUUGAGUUUAUGAACACAAACAAAAGAAAUAAAUUGAAACUCAACAGAGGGAGGAAAUAGGAGCCAAGGAGCAACAGCAACCUGCCAACUCUCCGUUUGUUCGGCUAAGAGCAGAAAUUCUUUAUAACACCUUUACUAGUUUGCCUAAUGACAGGUCUAAAUCGUUGAAGCCCGUGUUGGUCAUAACAAAGGGAACUGCCAGCAAGAUGCAGGCAGAGACUCUUUUGUUUUCGCUCUACUUUUUCUGAACUCUUUCUAAAUACAAAAUGGGAGAAACAGCACCUGUACAUCAGAAUCUCAAUGGCCAACUUGAUGUAGCGCAACAAAAACCACAAGAAUCGUUGGAAAGAAUAAGGUUGAUGGAUCAAAACUGCAGCUGUUUCAUACUUCUAUGUCAACUCUUAUUUUAUUCUGCUUCCUAUGAAUUUGAAACCGCACUAAGCCUGACAUUGGUUUCUCUCUGAGUGCUCAAACAGUGGAAAUACGGAAAUGGUGAACCUAUAUUUGUUCAGUAUUCUGCAUAGUACAGACGUGAUGGUUGACUUUUUUUGUUUGGGAUUCCCAAGACCCUGCAAUUGCUAGAAAAAUACUUGGAAUGUUCUGCCGUGCCCUAAAUGAUGGUUGCAACCUUUGAAUUGCCUUAGGGGUUUAUCUCCCCAAAGUCAGGCUUUUGCCUUUCUGAAUGGAGAGAUCUCUGGUAAUUGCCAACAACACACUUGAGACUGGUAUAGCUUUCCCUUCCUCUUGGGUGGUCAGUUUGUGUGGCGUUCCUUCCACUAGGGCCGAGGCUCCUGAGUCUGAUUUUAGCCUUGAUGCUUCAAGGGAGGAGCACAAGCUAAGUCAGUUCGCUUUGGGCCAGAGGUAAGAGUUUUCAGGUCUGCUCCCUCAUACAUCACAACCAGAAGGCAGCUUUUCCUGGAAGUGAAACUGCUUGCUUCCCUCACCUAGGCUUAAACAUGUCCUCCUCCUGACUAUCAAUAAGCUUUCAGAUGUGUGGAGUGGGGGAAGACAGUUUUCUAAGAAUAUGUCACCUCUGACCCAUGGCUUAAAAAUCUGGACCUACACCCACACACACCCAUUCUAGAUGUGUGUAGUUACAGCUGUUGCCCAUGGGGCUGUAAGAUCAAUAAAAUGUGGAGCCACAGCCAAUGACAGGCAGAGCCAAGUAAUUCCAGUUCCCAUCUUUCUCCCUGCUGACUUGGGCAAGGACAACACAGAGACUAAGGAUUGCUGAUAGACGGUGUAAACCACCACACCCCCCGGAACCUUGGUAAGAAAGAAGGCAGGGAGGACUGGCUGAGGGCAGACUUGAGAUGGGUAGGACAGUGCCCUGUUCACCGUAAUGGGCCAGCCUCUAUUCCCAAGUGUGGAGGUUCUGCCACACAACAAACUGUUAAAGAAAAGAAUAAUAUUGGUUGACUCCAGACUCUUGGGCUGCAAUCUGCCAUAUUCUUACCUUGCAGAAAGUCCCAUUGAACACAGAGGAAUAGCAUUUGAUAGGAUGGUGCUCUUGGUGAUGCUGUAGGCUCAUUGAAAUCAAUAAGACAAGUUGGUCGUGACUGUAUUAAGUCCCACCGGUUCCAGCAAAACGAAAAGUGUUAAGUUACUUAAGCUGGAUGCAGCCCAUUGAUUUAUUCUGCUAAACCCAACCAGAGAGGUCAACUCUCCACUGCCAAUAAUACCCCACAAACCUAUGGGUAUUUGCCCCUAUCCUCGUAAACAGCAGGAGUUUGCUUAAGCGAUAAAGUCAGCGCACAAACACUAAAGUGAACAAGUCAUUUCGUUGCCAAUCCAUUGUACAAGAGUGUACAGAGGGGAAAUAAUUGUGGUUCUGUUUGCUAUCAUAAGUGCAAAUGCAUGGAAAAUUCUGAAGGCAGAAUUCAGCCAUUAUUUGGAUUGUGGAAGACCUGUAGGGCAUAAAGAGGUCUCUAAAGAAGAGCCAUCCGCUCAGGGCCUGAUUCUAAUCCUGCCAUCCAUGAGUCAGGUAGUAGGGAACUGGUUUGUGUUUCUUGUUGCAGACCUCAGCUGCCUGACCUUGGAAGGAAGGAAUAUGCUGAUUCUGCUGGGUUUAUGCUGGAGAACAAAGUAUUUUUGAUCUUGCACUUGAUUGGUCACUUUCAUUAGACAUUUUGCAUGCAUAUACCCUAUGUCUGCUGUGGACUCAUGUACAACUAUGACUGGCAGAUUCUGGGGGAGCAGGAAAGGGUCUCAUUUCCCAUGUGAGUGGUGUACUCCAGAUAGAAGGAUGCCAAAGGCCUAUUGAUUUCAGUGCGACUUCAGAGCCUGAAGUUCACUGUGCUGCACCCAUAAUGUUGUUGUGUUAUGCCUGGCCUAUGACUUUGCUAAUGGCAGUUUCUUUUAAAAAAACACCUCCCAACAGCUUGUAUAUAGAUAAUUUUUCAAGUUGUGCAGCAGUAUUGUAGAACUAUCAUUGCUGGUGGUACACUUUUAAUUUUCCCUCCUGUACAAUUGUGGACUUUGGUGAAAUCAGUCAUUUCUGUAGUAGCAGUACUUGGAGAAAAGCAGAAAUUGGCUCGUAGUGACCAGACCAGCUCUGCUGCCAUAGAUGUGAUGUUAUGGAUUACCAUUCUCUCUCCCAUCCCCAACCUGGAAAGUGUUUAUUCUUUAUUUAUUUUAAUUCUUUUUCUUUUUGGAUGUAACAUCAAGCAGUUAUUAUUGCACACCUUCCAGUGCAUUUUCCCAUCGCUUUCCUUACUGCUAAAAAGUGGCUCUCUUUUUUUAAGUGUCUUGAACAAGAGCGCUAAAUCCACUAUUAAUUGCUCAACCUGAACUUGCUAGCAUGUGAUUGAAUUCCAUGUGCAAAAUAGCAGUGGUCCAGGAACCUUCUCCUGCCCGCUCCCCAGUCUCAUUCUUUGCGUCAGGUUUUUCCAACCAGACGUUUUGAAAAUGAUCCCGUGGUACAUCAAGAACGGUGUCUAGAUGCCAGGAUCUGGGGCCACCUAAAAGUGUACAUUUGAACUCUUGGCUCACAGCCUCUGCCAACCUGGUGUCCUCCAGAUGUUUCAAGCUACAGCUCUGCUGGCUGGAGCUGAUAGAGCUAUAUAGUCUAACACAUCUAAAAGGCACCAGGUUGUCGAAGGCUGGUUCAGUCGUUGGGCUUGGGUUGGUGUGCGGUCAACCUUUACUUCACAUUUGUUAAAACUCUUACCCGCAAGAGAGCAGAUGUCCACCCGGUUGUGGACAUCUGGUGAAGCUGAAUGUUGGAAGAUUCGGGACAGAUAAAACAAAGUACUUCUCCAUGCAGUGCAUCGUUAAACUAUGGAACUCACCCCCACGAGGCAGUGAUGGGCACCAGAUUGCUUCAAAAGAGGACUAGACAAAUUCAUGGAGGAAGGGGCAAUCAAUGGCUACUAGCCAUGAUGGCUGUGCUUUGUCUCCACAGUUGGAGGCAGCAAUAAUUCUGAAAACCAGUUGCCAGAAACCAAAGCCGGGAGAGGGCUCUUGUGCUCGAAUCCUGCCUACAGGUUUCCCACAGGCAUCUUGUUGGCCACUGUGACAACAAUGCAGGACUAGAUGGGCCAUUGGCCUGAUCCAGAAGGCUCUUCUUAGGUUCUUGCGUUCUUAAGGGUGUUCCUGAGAGCAGCUGAGUCUUCUGAACUCGUUUAUGAGCAUCAGCACCACUUCUGUGGGGUGGCAGAAGGGGCAAAGUGCAUUUUGGGUGGUGGGAACAUGGUUCCACAUGCUAAGAUUUGUGAAAGAGAAACAAUGGUGUAUUUCACUUUCAUGCUUCCGUCCUGUUUUUUCCCUGGAGUAAAUGUCCCAUGCCCCCCUCACGCGAUUGCAAUCCUAUUAGUUUUGAUAGAGUUAACUUUCAAGUAAGCAUGCAUUAGAAUUGUGGCCUUCUUUUAAUUCCUAGUUUAUGAUUUAGUUAUAUUGUUUAGGUGUUGUCUGGCAAAAGUGUAUGUGGUGUUUUUUUCCUCCUUACUAGUGAAUAACAAAGCCUUUUCCAUUUCACAGGAGGCUCCAGCAAAGAGCAAGCUAUCAGUUUGCAGGAGGGGGCAUAGCUUUCUCCCCAUCUUCCCACUCUGGUGCCACCUAUGGAGCCAGUUUUGGGGUAUUUGUUUUACUCUGGCUCAGUUCAGUGUUUGUGAGCUCUGCGUUUUAGGCUUUUUGAGGACUGGGGGUGGGGGGUUUAAGUUUCCUUUGCUUUAGAAUUGUUUGUGGGCAGGGAUGUUUUGGAUUAUUUGGUCUGUACUUUCUAUGAUUUUUAUUACUGCCAAUGGGUAUGCCUUAACAAAACAAUUGUAAAUGCCAUCGCAGCAGUAUCGUAGCCAAACUUAAGCCUGGGUUUCCCACCCCUCUGAAAUGCCCACCACCAACUUCCCACUUUCCCUGGUAUUGCCCAUGGUAUCUUAAUCUAUUUCCCUAUCGUACUAACAGUGUCUGUCUCUUCACUGUAUGAAAUAAACACUUUUCCUGAUUCCAAGAUGCCUUGUUGACGUCCUGAGUAGCUAGGACACUAUUUUCAGGUGUAAUAACCUGACACGGCUAGGAGACUUACCUGGACAUUUGAGUGGGUGCAAAAUGCAGCGAGCUGCCUAUUGCUGUGUCAGCGUGCAAAAAUACACUCCUAUGCUAGAGCAGGGGGUAGGCAGAAGGUAGGUUGGGAUGUGCCGGUAGAUCUUUGGGUGGUUUGCAGAAGAUGAGUCCCGGCUGUUUUGCCUUCAGUGUUCCUAAGUGCUUAGCUUUGGAGCAUACAGAACAACUUGUGCUUGGCAUUCUUCCCACACAAGAGUCAGGGUUUCAUAGUGGCCACAGGUCUGGUCUAGAAACUUGGGAGACCAGAGUUUAAUCCCCACUUGGCCAUGAAGCUCACUGGGCAACCUUGGGCCUAACCUUAGCCUUACCUACCUCGCAGUGUUGUUGUCAGGAUAAAAUAGGAAGAGGGAGAAUGGUGUACACCGGUUGGAGCUCCUUGGAGGAAGGGUGGACUAUAAAUGUAAUAGUAAAGAGAAAUAAAGAAAUCCUGUCUGCCUUCUACCAUGGAACCCAAGGCUGUGUAUAUGUGGUUCUCCGGUAGUCUACUCCUCCCAACUGAUCAGGCACAGACCUGCUUAGUUUCAUCAAGGUGGUGCCUCCCUGUGUCUUCAGACUCUACUCUAGAACCACAUUAAACACAGUGUGUCAUUUGACCCUCAGGGGUGUCAGGAAAGGGCAACAAUUUGUUGUAUUUACUUGUGGACUGAUUGAUUCAACAAAUUUUAUAUAUGGCUUGAUUGUAACAAAAUCUCUAGGCGGCUUACAAGAAAUAUUAAAAUUAUCAAUAAGAACAGUUUAAAACAAGUGAUUAGAAAGCAUUAAAACUAGAGGUCAGCAAAAAGAAAGAAAGAAAAACCCAUUAAAACACAUCAACAUCUACAUGUCUGGAUAGACUUACCUAAAAAAAAAUGUUUUAAGCGGAUACCAGAAAGAACACAACGUUGGUGUCUGCCUGCUGUCAGUGUAAACUAUUUUGCAACCAAAGCUACAGAAAUGAUGUAGAAUGAGACAAAAUACAGAAUCUAGAAACUAAAUGCAAUCAAGCCAGGUCUACAAGUGUAUAGUUAAUUUUAUAAUUUUAAUUGCAUAGUUAAUUUCACUUAACAAAAAGCUGCCUAAACAUCAAGGUACUAGGGUAGUAGACACUUGUCUAAUUUCAGCUGGUAACAUCCCAAAGGCUGGAGCUGCAUCACUGAAAGCCUAGUUUUUUUUUUUUAUUAUUAUUAUUAUUAUUAUUAUUAUUAUUAUUAUUAUUAUUAAAUUUAUAUACCAUCUUUCAUUCAGAGGCCACAGGGCAGUUUACAGCAUAAAAAUACAAAAUGAAAACGUAUAAUGUAACAAAAUACAUUUAUUAGUUGCCAUGGCAAUUCAAAGCUCAAAAUGACUUACAAAAAACCAUACAUGCAUACAUUAAAGUGAGGGGGGUAUCCAUUAAAACAUCCCACCUAGUUAAAAGCCAGAGGCCUGGUUAAAAAGGAAGGUUUUGGCCUGGCACGUGAAAAUAUAUAAUGAUGGCACCAGGCAAAGUUCCUUGGUGAGAGCGUUCUGCAAACACCAAGGGUCCUAAGCCACAUUUCUAGGACAAAGCCAACACAUUGAAAUUAAGUGCUAGACCAGAUCUACCCACUGAUUUUCUAGAUCCAUUCCAAUCAGAGUUUAGGCCUGAUUUGGAACAGAAAGUGCCUUGGUCACCCUGUAUUGAUGACCUCUGUUGGGAGAGAGACAGGGGAAAUGUGUCCCUUUUAAUUCUCCUCAACCUCUCAUUAGCUUCUGAUAUCAAGCAUCGUAUCCUUCUGGAGCAGAUGUCCAAGUUGGGGUGGGAGGCACUACUUUCCGGUGGUUCAGGUCCUACUUGGAUGAUCAUUUCCAGAUGGUGAUGCUUGGCAUGUGCUCUUGGGCUCCAUGGAGCCUUCAAUAUGUUCUGCUCCUUUACAUCUGCAGGUGUGGCAGUGGAUGUCCUGGACCUCAGUGUUAAGAUUACUGCAAUGCCUUAUACACAGGACUGCCUCUGAAGACAGUUCAGAAACUUUAGCCGGUGCAGAAUUUAGAGGCCAGGUUGCUCUCUGGGACAAGAUGCUUUGAACAUAUGAUGCCAAUCCUGGCACAACUGUACUGACUGCCAGUCAAUUUCCAGGCAGAUUCAAAGUGUUGGUUUUGACCUAUAAAGCCUUAAACAGCCCAGGAUCGCAAUACCCCGAGGACUGCCUCUCUUCGUAUGAACCUACCCAGACCCUGAGAUCAUCCUCUGAGGCCCUUCUUUGUAUGCCUCCUCCGUGGAGGGCAGCAACAUGAGGCUCGCCUGGUGCCUUCAUUACAUAUCUUUAGGCACUAGGCAAAAACAUUCCUCUUUUCACAGGCCUUUGGCUAAUUAAAAAUACCUUGCCUUUUAAACUAGACAGAGGUUCUGGUUUGUUGCUAUGCUAUAUAUUUUGUGUUCUCAUUUUUAAAAAAAUAUGCUGUGAAUCACUUUGCGAUCUUCGGAUAAAGGGUGGUACAUAAAUUUAAUAAAUAAAAUUUUUAAAAAGCAUUAAAUGCACCUGCGGGGUGCCUGCCUGGAUAGCGCAGCUGCAGGGCAGGGAUAUACAGUGGUACCUCAAGUUACAGACGCUUCAGGUUACAGACUCCGCUAACCCAGAAAUAGUACCUUGGGUUAAGAACUUUACCUCAGGAUGAGAACAGAAAUUGUGUGGCAGCAGCGUGAGGCCCCAUUAGCUAAAGUGGUGCCUCAGGUUAAGAACAGUUUCAGGUUAAGAACGGACCUCCUGAACAAAUUAAGUUCUUAACCAGAGGUACCACUGUAUAGGCGUGAAGUUAAAUAUGGAAUACCUUAUUUUUAUUAUUAUUAGGGGGGGUACUGCCCUGAAGAUGCUAGUGGGAUUCUCUUCUUCUGAUGCCAUGCCAGUCUUGGGUGCACAAUGCCCCGCUGGCCUAAUGAUGUUUUGGCCUGGAUUAUUUAUUACUUAUUUUAUUUAUUAAAUGUAUGCACUGCCAGUUAGACUAGAGGCCCGUCUAACUAGUGCAGCAUCCUGCUCCCCAGAGGCACGUGCAUCCGGAGGGCCAGGAAGCUCGCUCGUCGUUGUCCAGGCACAGGUAUUUUGUACUCAGUGACAUGUCCCCUCUGUGAACCUGGAAGGUCCCGCUGGAAUCGGCCCUCCCUCCCACUGCAUCCCGCUCAGCCCUUGGAAAACCGCCUCGGCUUCGCCCAGCGCCCCCGUCUGCGCUGCGCGUCGGCCGGGCUCCGCUUCGGUCCUAGGCCCCCGCCGCGGCGCUUGGCAAGGGGGGCUCCGCGCCGGCCUCUUGUUUGGGGCGGCUGCUCCGCGUUGCAAAACAGAAGCGAUGCCGCUAGAGGGCUCUGGCCAUUGUCAAAAAAAGGAGAGGCAGAGAAAGAGGCGACUGUUCUCAUUUUCUCUCUCGCUGCUGCUGCUGUUCCCGCUGACGAUUUUGGGGGCUGAACUUCCCAGGUCAGCGCCGGAGAGCCUUGUUGUUGCUGCUUCUCCUCCUCCUGCUUGCGUAGCAGCGGCAGCAGCAGCCCCAGACCCGGCGCCACCCCGACGGGGCUGCGGGAGCCUCCAGUUUUAAGAAAUCUCCUCGUUCUCCAGCCGCAUCCUCAAGGGAGAGAGGGACCUUUAUCAGCCUCGGUUGCUUUUCUCUCCCCCGCCCCCACUUCUUUCUUUUCUCUCUCUCCCCCCCCCACCCUUUUUAAUAGUAUCAUUUAAAGGAGAGAUCGCGAACUCUGCAGCUUCUCAGGGACCCGAUCCUGAAGCCAGAGACUUCCAGGUAACUCCCGCCGACUGGGCUUUGGGCAGCCAGCCAAAAGUCCAGCAACGUAGCCAGGCAACUUCCUCAUUAAAAAGGGGGGGGCGGGGAGGGGAGGGGGAGCCUAUCACAAACAGCGGGGAGCCAACGCACCGCCGUUCCAUCAGCGCCUCUGCUCUCCGUACGAGCCGCCCCCCCCCCGCAAACAAGGUGGGGGGGGCGCACACCCGGAUCUUCCCUACGCGUAUAUAAACAAGAAGAGAGCUUUCAAGACGUGAGAAUGACGUAGACCUUGGGCUGGGUUGGUAGAGGAAGUAGGAAAGCUUGCCUCCUCCUCGUCCUCCUCCACCCGCCGCCGUCGCCUUCCUGGCAGGACUCGACUGCCUCUUAAGAACUGUGCACGCCGUGCAGAAAUCGGCCCAGGAAAGUCUUCUUCACCUGUUGAAUUUCUGCACGUCGCCCAAAGUUGUUAAAAGUGCACCAGCCUUGCCAGGGAGACGGGAGGCGCCGCAGGAUUGAUAUUGCAGGGGAGAGAGAGAGAGAGAGGAGGGCCGCAGGAAUCCUGUAGCUUUGAGAUCAGGGGGGCAAAUGCUGUCCAGCAAAGGCCACGUUACAGGCCCAAAGCCGCAGGGUUGGUGAUGGAUUCUGAGCAGGGGAAACUUAUUUUUUCAGAGGCCACAGCCUUCUGCAGAAGUGACUGAUGUAUUUUGCUGAGAUUCAGUGGGCCCUUCUGGACCCAUGCCAGAGACCUGUCUACAGGGACAUUGUGCAGGACAAUUAUGGGACUCUACUCUCACUAGGUAAGGACUUUUCUUUUUAUUUAUUUCUUUUUUGCUUCUUUUUUAUAUUAAAAAUUAAUUCAAAUAAAAUCAGCUUUAAGUAGUAAAGAUGGCUAUUGCAAACCUGAGAUCCCAGAGGUCCAAAAACGUAUGGCGACAUUGACAUUGACUUCUGCUGGUUUAAGAAUAUGCAGCCUUUUGAAUUACAGGGAACUCUUGAUCAGGCCAGGAGAGUUUCUUUGAAAUCUAGAAGGCUGCAUGUUGCUAAGCCAGCAAAACUCUCUCCGGUGAAAAUAUGUCAGGACACUUCUUUAGUAAGCUCACAGAAAAGCCUCAGAAGAUUAGGAUUACUCCAUCUUGAGGUAGAUGGAGAGAAGACAGAAAGUUAUGAGAAAAUUUCCUGUCCCUGUAUAGUCAGCAGUCCCACAUCACAGAAAUAUUUGGAGCGUUUGAUAGUUGUGGAGGCCAAACCCAAUAACUCUGGUGGAAUUCCCAUAGAAUUCUGCUGGUUAGCUAUGGAAUGUCAGGAAUUAGAAGCUAAUAUUAGUGUCAGCCAGCACUACCUCUUGGGUCAGGGUUGGUCUAAUUCACCUAUUGUAUGGAACGAUGCUUUUAAGCUGCGGCACCAGCAAAUGGGUUUUAUCUAGUUAUUUUGACUCCUGCCUCCCAUCCAUCCGUCCAAAUAUCUCAAGUUGGUAACACCACUUAAAACAGCAAAUGAUCAAACCAACAAGGUAAGGUAACCAUUCAGAUAUAAAACGUUGAAACAAAGCAAAAAGGGGGUGGAAAUAUUCCCAUGCUUGCUUCACUCUCUUUCCUUUGAUAGAUGGAGGAACCAUGAACCCAAAUCCCCAGCCUGGAGGUGCAGAGGCUGCGCCGACACAGAAGCAGGUUCCAGGACGCCCUGAAGGCUCCCUUUACCCAGGCCAGAACCAGGCUGGGCAGCAAAGCGAGGAUCCAGGGAAAGGAUGGGCCAAGCCGCCUCUUCCUCCUCCAUUGCCGAAAGGCAACCCCAGUCUCCCGCCCCGGGUCUAUAUGGGGCCCGGCCCAAGCCUGUGUGUCCAGUGUGGGGAGAGCCUUGCCCAAACUCGGCACAGUGUCGCCCAGCCCCAGAGAGCCCCCCAUCCUGCCGAUAAGUUCUACCCGUGCUCCGAUUGCGGGAAAAGCUUUGGCGUGAGCUCCCACCUCACCAUCCACCGGAGGAUCCACACAGGCGAGAAGCCUUACGAGUGCAACGAAUGCGGGAAGAGGUUCAGCCAGAGCUCCACCCUUGUUCUCCACCGCCGCAUCCACACCGGAGAGAAGCCUUACAAAUGCGUGGAUUGCGGGAAGUGCUUCUCUGUGAGCUCUCACCUGACCAAGCACCAGAGGGUCCACACGGGGGAGAAGCCGUACGAAUGCCAAGCGUGCGGGAAAAGGUUCAGCCAGAGCUCCACCCUCAUCCUUCACCAGCGGAUCCACACUGGGGAGCGGCCUUACAAAUGCGACGAGUGCGGGAAGACCUUCAGCGUCAGCUCCCACCUCACCAUCCACCAGAGAAUCCACACAGGGGAGAAACCCUAUCACUGCACGGAAUGUGGGAAGAGUUUCCGGCAAAGGUCCGGCCUCAGCACACACCAGAAAACCCACAUGGUCCUUGUGAGACCUUACAAGUGCCCGCCUUGA